GUCACACUCACACCGCUCUUCCUUCCUGCCUUUCCCACCGCGGGGCCUCGACGAUCGGAGCCGAGCCCUUCCGCCGGCGAGAACCAGCUGGUCCACCCCUCGCGGGCCAUAAGAAGGGCGGACUGAGUCGGAAGUGUGUCGUCCUCCUUCUCUUGACGCCUUUCCGAGCCCGUUGAGCGAGCAGCGCUGCGAGACACUGCUUCUCUUUCUCUGUGCGCCAACGGGAUAGCAUAAGAACUGCGUCCCUUCCUGCCAGAUCCGGUGACAAGAAGGCGCCCGUACCGUAGAGCUCAUCCUUGAAUAUCGAAUACUCGGCCUGCUAUUCCUUUCGAGAGUGGCGGCGGCCUUCUCGACUGUGAACAGCAAUUUCUCCUUCGCAUCUCGUAGCGAACUAUUAGUUCUUGUGCUGAGAAGUUUGACCAGCAAUCCAACAUGGAGAGUGCUUUACACAGGAGAUUGGAUUCCCUUGUUCGCCAUCUCGUCCCUCCUCAAUCUGCCUCUCAAGAUCUUACUAAGGAUCAGACUCUGUCAGUGCUUCUCCUGUCUUAAUUGGUGGCAUGGUUUUAGACAUCCACGCUAAACCUUAUAAUGAUCUUGCUCCUCGAACCACUAACCCUGGAGAGGUUUGACUGUUUAAUGGUGGAUGCUCACAGCAUGUUGCUUUGCUUUGAUCGUAGUUCAGUAUGCGAGUGGAGGAGUGGCAAGGAAUAUUGCUGAAUGUAUGUGUAAACUUGGAGCUAGACCUUUCAUGAUCAGUGUUGUUGGGCUUGACAUGGCAGGAGAGAUGCUGCUCAGGUACUGGAAAUCAGCUGGACUCUCUACAGAAGGUAUCCUGCAGGAAAAGAGUAUUGCAACUCCGGUUGUUACAAAUAUAUUUGAUUCCUAUGGAGAACUAGCAGCAGGUGUUGCAAGUGUGGAUGCAGUGGAAAAGUUCCUGACUCCAUAUUUCGUGCAGCAAUUUCAGAGCUAUAUAUGCUCUGCACCGGUGUUGCUUCUUGAUGCAAAUUUACAUCCACAAUCACUUGAAUUUGCUUGCCGAAUAGCAGCUGGAUCUGGCAUACCAGUGUGGUUUGAGCCGGUGUCAGUUAAAAAAUCUACAAGAAUCUCAAGCAUUGUGAAUUAUAUAACUUAUGCUUCUCCUAAUGAAAUUGAGCUUAUCGCAAUGGCAAAUUCUUUACUGCCUGAAAAAGAAUUCAAAUUUCAAUUGGAUCCCAAUGGAAGCAAAAUGCAUUCGGUGGAAUCCUUAUUUCAAAUGCUGAAGCCUGCGAUUUCUUUUGUGCUUUGCAAAGGCAUCAAAUGUCUUGUUGUAACGCUUGGUCAAGCUGGUGUUUUCCUUUGUUUUAGAGACUGGCCGCAAUGUAAAAUCCAAGACCUGAAGAGCAGCAAGUUGGCCAGCUUUAGCAGUAUGCCGCAUGCGAUUGUUGAUGAAGGCCAGCUGGGAGUGGAAUUUCAGGCCUACCAUUUCCCCGCACUCAACUCAUCUGUAGUGAACCCCACUGGAGCAGGUGACUGCUUGGUUGCUGGAGUCAUUGCAUCAAUCUGCUCUGGUUUGGAUCUAAUGCGAAGUGUAGCCAUUGGUAUCGCCGUCGCGAAAGCUGCAGUCGAGAGCAAAACAAACGUUCCGGCUGAAUUUAAUAUGAAAGAUCUAGCAGGUGAAGCUGAGUCUAUUCUAUCUGGUGUAAAACAUCUACUAGUUUGAAUAAAAAUUCUCAAUUUACAGAAGUUGAAUUGGCGGAUCAUUGUGAUACUGCCCUUCAUCGUGCGCAUGCUCAGAUGAGGUUUUUUGCCCUUUUCUUUGGAAUAUUGUUGAACUUCUUUGGCGAGAAUGUAUGAAUGUAUGAACUUCUUCGCGCGCAAGCUCAGACGAGGUUUUACAGAAGUCGUAUGUUCUCAAUUUUGAAGUUCUACUUCAUUCAACUGUCUCAGCUGAAUGUAGAAUGUAUUUAAGUUACAAACUCUGAAUAUGCCAUUUUUAGAGUUGAGAUUUGAUAAACUGUUAGAAA